AUCCAGAUAGAGUUUCCUAGUAAAAAAAUGUAAGCCUGCGUUUAAACUUUUAAAUAUUGUCACGCAUAUAAUCCCAUUGUCCGACUCCUAAUGACAAGUCUCCAACCAUGACCAUAUGGAAAGAUAUGGUGUUAUUGGUGAUGUUCUUGCUGUUUGUAGUCCAACAAAUAUGUGCUAGGAAUGAGCAAGAACACGCCAGUGAUUGUCUCCCUUCUUCCUGUGGGAAAAUCGCAAACAUAAGUCGACCAUUUAGAUUGAAAGGUGACCCGGUACAUUGCGGCGACAGAAGGUAUGAACUGAGUUGUGAAAAUAAUAUUACAGUGUUAAAUUUGUAUUCGAGAAAAUAUCAUGUGCAGGCAAUCAACUACAUUAAUUUCACACUCCGGGUGGUUGAUCCGGGAGUUGAAGAACAAAGUUGCUCCUCCCUUCCUCGCUAUUUCUUGUCUCGAUCCAAUUUCAGUGAUGCUUAUCAUGCUGGCGAUAUGGAUCCAUACCGAGCCACCCUAGACCAAUUCUCUGAGGUUGGUCCUCACCGGAAGAGUCUUUUCCAGCACAUAAUAUACUUGAAUUGCAGCCAUCCAGUGAGUGAGAAUUAUAAGUACGUGAAUACUACUCCGUGUGUUAAGUGGGAGUCGAAAGGGUAUAUGUAUGCCAUUGCUGGCGACUUAACAUCAGCGGACUUUGAAGUUGGUUGUCGUAUAAAGCUGCUUUCUCCGACGUCGUGGUGGGGUUUGGACGCAAAUAAAUCUUCCUACACUAUGAUGAACUCAGCGCUACUUUAUGGAUUUGAGAUUUCGUGGAAAAAUUUCGCCUGUGAGGAUCAAUGUCACUCACCAUAUGGCGACUGCUAUUUCGACUCUUCCACCCUCAAGCUUCGAUGUUUCCCCUACUGCAACGAUAUAUUCGGAGUACUGGAAACCAAAUGUGGUACCGGGAUAUGGUUACAGGUGCUUGCUUAUCCAGCAUAUUUUCUGAAUAACAUUUAUGCAGCACUGCUUGAAGCAAUACAAGGAAACCAAAGAUUUGAUGAAAAUCUCUAUCUUGAACCAGCAUCGUUCAUUAUAGGACACUAUGUUCUACCAGUAUUUUUGUUAGUGAGAUUUUCGUUGGGGGUGACAUUACUUAUUAUGCUUUUGACAUACAAGUGGCGGAAAAGGCAUUCUUCAAUAUAUGAAAAUAUUGAAAAUUAUCUAGAACACAAUGAAUUGGUGCCUAUUAGAUACUCAUACACCGAAAUCAAGAAGAUGGUUAGAGGUUUUAAAGAAAAAUUAGGUCAAGGAGGCUAUGGUUCUGUAUUUAAGGGAAAGUUAUCUUCUGGAACUUGUGUUGCAAUAAAAGUGUUAGGUAAAUCAAAAGGUGAUGGACAUGAUUUUAUAAGUGAAGUUGCUACCAUUGGAAGAAUACAUCAUCAAAAUGUAGUACAUUUAAUUGGAUUUUGUGUUGAGGGUUCAAGACGUGCUCUUGUUUAUGAAUUCAUGUCCAAUGGAUCUCUUGAUAAAAUUCUUUUUUCUAAAGAUAGAAAUAUAGAUUUCGGAUAUGACAAAAUAUAUAAUAUAGCAAUUGGGGUAGCACGUGGAAUUGCUUAUCUCCACCAUGGAUGUGAGAUGCAAAUUUUGCAUUUUGAUAUAAAGCCCCAUAAUAUUCUACUAGACGAUAAUUUCAAUCCCAAGGUUUCUGAUUUUGGAUUGGCAAAGUUAUAUCCGAUGGAUAAUAGCAUUGUCACCAUGACUGUAGUGGGAGGGACAAUUGGAUAUAUGGCUCCAGAAUUAUUUUAUAAAAACAUUGGAAGAAUAUCUUAUAAGUCUGAUGUUUAUAGUUUUGGAAUGCUUUUGAUGGAAAUGGCAAGCAAAAGGAAAAACUUAAAUCCCCACGCAGAGCAUUCAAGUCAAGUUUACUUUCCAUCUUGGGUUUAUGAAAACAUUAAAGAAGAGAAAGAUAUAGAAAUGGAAGAUAUCACUGAGGAGGAAAAGAAAAUAGCAAAGAAGAUGAUUAUAGUUGCAAUUUGGUGUAUACAAAUGAAUCCAAAUGAUCGUCCUUCCAUGAACAAAGUAGUGGAAAUGCUUGAAGGAGAUAUGGAAAACCUAAAAAUCCCUCCAAAAUUUUCUUUAUAUCCAUAUGAAGUCACAGAAAAUUUCAAACACACAAUAGCAAGUGAAUUUACUAGUUAUUCUAGUUCCUCUAUGAAAAUUGCAACUAACAAAUAAUGUUGGAUUAUGUACCAUGGUUAUUUGAUUUCAUCCACCUUAUUAUGUACAUUUGUCCUAUAGUUAAUCAUUUGUAUACAUUACCCUCCCUUUCAAAGUUUAAAA